AUGAGAGUUUCUCGAGAGUUGAUGGCGGUGGCGGUGUGGAUGGGGCUUGCGAGCGUGCUGGCGGGACUGGUGGCGUGGAGGGUGCAGAAGAGGUUCGACGACAACCGCAAGGCGGCGCUCGACACCUGGUGCGCCGGUCGCGCGCGCUCGCUGCAGCAGCAGUUCAUGCAGACUGCCGACCACGUGCAGGCACUGGCAGGGCUCUUGACAGUGUUUGGCGGGGUGCGGGAGAACCCGUGGGGCGUGGCGGAGUGCAUGAGUCAGGAGCGGUACGUGCAGUUUGCACACAAGACUGUGGCCGCGCGGCCGUGGCUGUAUGGUAUCAUCUACCUCGUCCUCCUCAACCACACAGACAGGGCAGCGUACGAGCGGCAGAUGCGGUGCAGAGUGGUGGAUGUGAUGGAGCAAGCGCGCCCCCCAGAGGACUGGUACAUGCCCAUGCGCUACUGGGUCAACGACGCCCCCACGGUGCUCGCCACCACGCCCUGCAAGGACGCGCGCGGCCACCCGUCGUUCGACCCACAGCUGCGCGAGAUGGUGGCGAGGGCGGACUGGUGGCUCACCACGCCCUUCGUGCUCGAUAAUGGCAACACUGGCAUCGGCAUGGGGUUCCCGCUGUUCCGAGGGGGCGUGUCGACGGCGUCGCCACAGGCGGAGCGGCAGCGCGCCAUGGUGGGAGCCAUGGGGGUGGCGCUGGACUUCAACCGCCUUGCCAGCGCCAUCAUCCUCGACGUGCUGCAGGACGUGAACUACACUCUUGAGAUCUACGAUGUCACCGACACCUUGUCAUCGCCCGCGUCAGGCCCGCGCCUGCUAUACGGGGUGGGGAAGUUGCCGCAAGGCGACCCCAAGCAGGUGUCCAAGGUCAUUCCGCCCUCCACUGAGGCAAUGCUGCAGCCACACCGACACAAGGCCGUGCACCCAAUCAACCUCACCGACCCCUCUCGCACCUUCCAAGCCUGGUGCCACUUUGCAGGGGCAGACGAAGCACACAGCUGGGUGGCAAUCGUGCUAGGCACAGUCAUAGUGGUGGUGGCGGCGCUGCUGGCAGGCAUUGUAGUGACCGUGAUGCACAGCACGCGGAGGGCGAGGAGGAAGACGGCGGUGGUGGGGGCCCUGAAGGAGAGCACGCAGUGCAAGGAGCACAACAAGAGCGCCUUCAUCGCCAGCACCUCGCACGAGCUGCGCACACCGAUCAUCGGGCUGAAAGGCAUGGUGGAGCAGCUGGUGGAGGGACAGAUGGAGGCGGAGAUGAGGGAGGACAUGCGGACGGCAGUGGAGGAGGCAGAGAGGGUGCUGCUGCUGGUGAACACGGUGCUAGACAUAUCCAAGGUGGAGGCGGGGCGCAUGCAGCUGGAGCGACUGCCGUUUGACACCCGGCACUGGCUGCUGGGCGCUCUGCAGAAGCACGGCGCCAGAGCUGCUCAAGCCGGGCUGCACUUCACAUGGCAUGUGGAUUCGAGCGUGCCGGGUGUGCUGGAGGGGGACUACAUGCGCCUGCAGCAAGUGAUGGACAGCAUCGUUGUUCUGUUCUGUCCUCUCGUCCCUCUGCCUGCUGCUGCUCCCCCAGACAACGCCAUCAAGUUCACGGCCAGCGGGGGCGUGUGUGUGCGGCUGCAGUGCCUUCCCCCCGACACCCACAUCCCCACCCACCUGCUCUCCCUCGGCU